AUGCGGAGUGCGGUGCAGUUGUUGACUUGCUUGGUAGUGUCUCAGGCUCAGAGGCAGAAUACAGGUGCUGCUGAUAUACCAGUUAGUGCGAGAGUUCGUGAUUUUAUUAAUAUAGACCCUCUAGUGUUUACCGGAUCAGACCCCAAGGAGGACCCACAGACUUUUAUUGACCAGGUUCAUCAUACACUACAGGUUAUGCAUGCUAGUGAUAUGGAGGAAGUAGAAAGCAGUGUCAGGCCCCAGUCUUCAAGGAGUUCGGCGCCACCUAUAGCUAGUGCUCUUCCUCAGUUUCAGAGCCUCGAUAUGAUCGAUUUACCUAUUCUAGUCCAGGUCAGAAUUUGCGUGCAUUGGGCUCACAAUAUCACAGAUACCAGUCUGAUGAGAGAUCAGUGCGGCAAGGCCCACUUUGGACUGUGUCGUCGAGGUUCUGAUGCUUGUUAUUCUUGCGGACAGCCUGGCCACAUGAUGCAGGAUUUUCCUAACAGAGGAGGUGGUGGUAUGUCUCAGCCGACUGGAUCUGUGUCUGGUUCUUCCUUAUCAGUUCGACCUCCAGCACGGGGUUUUCAGCCGUCGACAGGUUGUGGUAGAGGUAGAGGUGCAGUGCCGAGUUUGAGUGGUGCUCAUUAUCGAACCUAUGCUCUAGUAGGUCGAUAG